GCGACGCACAUCGCCUUGAAUGUUCAAGCUCCGUAGAUCGAGUUGGAUCGUUCUCGUUUGUGCACAUUUUCCGCAUCUACGAAUCAAUCGCACAAAAAUUGAGAGACAGGCUCAAUGAAAAGAUCAUUAUAUAAUCGACUAGUUUUGACAUUGCGCGGCAGGCUAAUUGGAAAUGAGCGACAUGAAUUCGUAGAAAACAAGUUGAUUCAUCACCUCGAACAUAUCAUCUUGAGCAGACGGAACGAAGACGCGGGUAACGUCGUGAUAAGAGAGAAAUAUUCGACCGGAUCGGCCCACGAAAAAGUGAAACUUAUUAACUGAUAAGGACAACGACUCAGUUGUCGUUCUUGGACUGCUUUAUCGAUGAUGUACGCACGUGACAAGUGUGGAAUUUGCAAUUAUUACAAUGCACGCGGGAAACAGUUCUCAAAUUCAAUACAAAAUCUUUACGUACGCGAUUUCACGAAUCGAUUCUAUUAAUUUCAUAGCACAAGAAAAGUGAAUCGACACGUGCUUUCUGUGUUCUUAAUACUGUGUUCUGAUACGAACUAUCGUGGAAACGUGCGUUACGUUUAAAUACGUACAAGAUAUAGGACUCGCGAGAUAUUUAAAAAAUCAUACACAUUUGUGGGAAGUUAAUUACCAGCAGAGAAUCAAUUGAGGGAGACAAUUAGUGCAUCUGAAAAGGCUUUAUCUGUUUCCUGUGACAGCGAAUACAUAGAUGUGUAUUACUUAUCGUUAGAUUCUUGCAAGGAGUAAAUAGGAAAUUAUUAUUAUUUUGUGAUAAGCGCGCAUCAUUCCUAACUGCCCAGCACGCUUUCCAGUGCUGAUAAGAGCCGACUGAGUGUACGAUUGCACGAAACCGGUUAAGCGCACAGAAUCACACGUAAUCUUGUUUGUAAGUACACGAGGAAUGCAGCGGCAUUCGUUCGUCGUUAUCGGAAGACAAAGAAUCCGUAUUUUUGUGCUCUUCGUUAUAGGUGCGGGACAGUGAACUCUAUUACCACAGACUUCUGCAUGAUUUUUCGCAACACGAUUAUUUAUAAUCGACGAGUAUAUAUUCCUUGGACUGGCCAUUUGCGAUUCUCUUCGCGUAAACUUUAAAAUCUUGUAAGACAGCAACAGAUAUUAAUUUCUUCGUUAAUUGUCUAGAUGUAAAAUUUCAGGGAGAUUUCUGAUUGCAAUUUGGGAAAAAAGUUCGUAUCGCGCUGGGUGAAGAGCAUAUAUAGGAUGAGGAUCGAGAACAGAAAUCUGUCAGCUGCCUUAUUGAAGAAUUCCCAUCGCAUGAUUAUCAUUCAAUUAAAAAAAGAAGUCCUAAAUCCAUCAUAAGUGAUCAGAUUAGGAGGCAACGCAGUGGUGUAACUAAUCGCGAUUGCAAUCGCGAUGAUGAUCGGCGGAUCGCGCUUUUCUCUCGCCCGCCCUCUCCAAGACGCGAGCGUGCACACGUCUGUCAUUCUAUUGCAGAUAACGCUGACGCGCAUCGCAUUUCUUGUUGAGAGACGCGCUUUGAUAGCGGCGAUAGGAUGGGAGCGUGUGUCACGCGUCCACCUAUAUACGCCCGCGUGCGCGUCGCGUCGCGCAGUCGGAGUCGUACGUCGGUCUCGGUGGACUGGACUCGGUGGAGUCGCUCGGUGGUGCAAGCCAGGCGCGUUGAGAGCUGAGGUCGUCAACUCCAGGGCCCAUCGAUCGUGACGUGCCCCGACUGUGCCCUGACGUUGGGACUGUUGGGAGAGCGCGCGCGGGUUCCAUCAGCUGGUGUAGUGUCGCGCGUCAGCUGGGCGACGCGGGCGGGACGUGGGACCAGGCAGGACGAGCGCCUGUCCCGAUGUCUUCGUCGCGGCUCGGUGAACACCAGCGAUUCGACAACGAGACGAGCCUGCCGCUCGACCAGGAGAUCACCAAUGGCUCGAGCCGACAAUAUGGCUCCAUGCUGUCCUCGCCUUCUUCGGAGAGUCAUGUGAGGUCUUCAUUUAACAAUGCUAAUAACGCUAAUCAAUUAAAUUAUAAGUACGAAGCGGGUGAAACGAAGAGUGGAAGUAUGACUGACAAUGAGAUCACAGGCUUCACCACGCACGACGCGAACCUGCAUUGGGAAAUGAACUAUCACGAAGCUGCAAUAUUUUUAGAGGAAGGUAGAAACAAUGAGAAGUUCGAUUCUCAUCCAAGGCAUCCUGAAGAUUUGCCGGCAUAUCUCUUAGUCCAUAACAGUUGGUACAAUGGAUUGGAUUUACUGGCUUCGUUAAUCCUGCUGUCUCUGGCAUUCGUAGAGGAACCUGCCUUGCCAUUAUUCAAAGUACCAGUGUGGGCACAUGGCUCGGUAGAAUUACUUGAGUUAAUUACUAUCGGCGUGCAAUUGGCUUUGAAGCUGAGAUGGACUGGGUGGGCACCUAUGUUAAGACACAAACGUACAAUGUUGAAGUGCAUCACGUUAGCAAUCAUGUUUCUCGAAGCUAUGACAGUCCUGGUACGGCAAUCAUCACAUUUCCGCGUGACCCGCGCCCUAAGACCCAUCUUUCUAAUAGACACAAAAUAUUGCGGCGGCGUAAGAAGAUUUAUAAGGCAAAUACUUCUCACCCUACCACCCAUCCUGGAUAUGUUGGGACUUCUUUUCUUCUUGAUUAUUGUGUAUACUGUGCUGGGUUAUUACAUGUUCAGUGAAAUGAACAGAAAUUUCUCCACAAUGCAAGACAGCUUCGUCAGCCUGUUCGUUCUUCUUACCACUGCCAACUUUCCGGAUGUAAUGAUGCCGUCAUAUUCCCAAAAUAAGUGGUACGCGAUAUACUUUGUUUCUUAUUUAUGUACCAUGCUGUACGUGAUGAUGAAUUUAAUGCUGGCUGUGGUAAACGAGACGUUCACGUCUCGCGAGCGCGACAAGUUCAAGAAGCUGUUUCUGCAUAAGAGGAAAGCUUGUCAGCACUCUUUCAGGCUUUUGGUUUCCAAGCAGGACCCUGACAAGAUGCGAUUCCGUCAGUUCGAGGGUUUGAUGCGGUACUAUGCUCCGAAUAAAUCUACGCGAGACAUUGUUUUAAUGUUUUGUCAUAUGAAUGCAUCGGGAAGUGGCGCUUUAAAUUCCGAGGAAUUUUUGUCAAUUUAUGAUGCUAAUACGCUUCAAUGGGACUUGCGAUACUCUAACAUACCAUGGUACCGUACUGCAUGGUGGCCUCUGCAAACGCUGUCCACAGGCGCCCAUACUGUUAUCAAGUGGUCGUAUUUUGAAACUUUAGUGUGUAUGAUUAUUAUCGGUAAUUGCAUCGCCAUGGUAAUAAGAAUCCUUGAACCGAGUAACAGUCUUGAAGAAUCGGCGCAUAGAUUUGCCGCGUGUUGGGAUACUGUGCUGUUCGCAGGACUUUUCAUGGCAGAGGCACUGGCGAAAACAUUAGCUCUUGGUAUUAGAUAUUACCUGAGCUCUGGAUGGAAUCUUUUCGAUUUCGGAACAUCAGUAAUGAUCCUUGUCGCUGGGUGUGCUCUCAACUUAUUCCCAUCGGCUACAUUUCUGGUUCUGUUCCGACCUCUCAGAACGCUAAGAUUGUUUAAGAUCAAGAAACGCUACCGAGACGUUUUCGGCACUCUCGUAAUUCUGUUCCCCCAGAUGUGUUCGACAGCGAUCGUCAUGCUGGUCUUGUAUUACUUUUUCGCGAUUAUUGGAAUGGAACUAUUUGCUGGAUAUGAUAUGCGUAAUUGCUGCAAGAAUACGACCGUUGAAGAUUUCUAUGAAUAUUCUGUCAAUGGUAGCUCGGCUUUGGGAUAUUACUAUCUCAAUACUUUCGACAAUCUCAUAGCGAGUGGCACUACACUUUUCGAAUUAACAGUUGUUAAUAAUUGGUUUAUACAAAUGAAUGCAUACGCAUUUACCGUGGGCAUGUACACAAGGAUGUAUUUCAUGAUAUUUUAUCUGGUGACCAUGAUCGUAUUGACUAUUGUGGUAUCCAGUUUCCUGGAAGCUUUUCGAUUUAGGAUUCAGUAUAAAAAAUCAACUUCAAAACAUGACGAGGAAAAAAUGCUGCAUGAAGAGGUGGAAUUAAAAUGGGAUGAAUUGCAAUGCAUAAUCGAAGAUUUUCAAACUCUGGAAAAUUUGCGCAACUCUCUAGUUGUCGGAGGAAGCACUCUCUUCAUUGGUUCACGGCCGCGAACACGGGAGGUUUUACAGAGAAAGAUGUACACACAUGAAAUAAACGAAUGGAUAGCCGAAGCAAAGUCCGAAGAAAAGCAACUUGUACCUAAUGCAACAUGUAAUGUAGAAGAGGGGAGCGGUGACGGUAGCUCUGAUACCGAUCAUCUUGUGCUAAACGGCAAUUUGCGUCAUCAGCAAAACAAUAGUAUAUCUACUCGUUAA